GAUAUAGACUCUGGGUCACUGUAGGCCAUCUAUGCUCGUCCUUACUUUAAUUUUGGACCCGCAGACAUCCUCAUGAUCCUCCACAGAUUGCCUUCCGGGGCGCAGUCUUGCUUCGGAACAGAAGAUUCCAACUGAAUGCUGAUCAAAGACGUGUGCUAAAAAUACUGGCUUGGCACAAGGUCGUCUCACCGAAGACCAUAUGCUUCCCCGGAACUGAUACAUGAGAACCGAAUAUAAACUCCGGUAGUACCACUGGCUUACCCUUCCAACGCUCUUGCCCCCCUACAGAGUGUCCAUUCAGAAUGGCUGACAAGCUUACCGACGAGAAGCUUCGCAAUUCUGACGUCGUAUCCUUCGUUGGCCACGAGCUGGAUGGCAUCCACGAUGGCCUCGAGUUUCCUACUGAGGAAGAGAUCGCAACCUUGCGACGGGUGUCUGAUAAGCUCCCAUGGAAUGCAUACUUAAUCGCCACUGUCGAGUUGGCCGAGCGAUUCUCGUUUUACGGAUGCAGCGUCGUAUUUACCAACUUCAUUCAACAGCCCCUCCCUACAGGCUCGCGUUUUGGUGACGGAGGUGCAGAUGGUCAGUCUGGUGCUCUUGGAAGAGGCCAGAACGCCUCUACCGGUCUCACCACUUUCUAUCAGUUUUGGUGCUACUGUACUCCUCUUCUUGGAGCCUAUAUCGCGGACGCUCAUUUGGGACGGUACAACACCAUUUGCAUUGGUGUCGCCAUAGCUUUUAUUGGACAUGUCAUCCUCAUCGCUUCCGCCGUGCCGGGUGUCAUUGAAAAGUCGGAGAACGCAAUGGCUUGUUUCGCUAUUGCCAUCCUUGUCAUGGGUUUCGGUACUGGUUUGUUCAAGUCCAACAUUUCCCCUCUCGUUGCAGAGCAGUAUCGUCGUACCAAGCUCUUCAUCAGCACCACUAAGACCGGAGAACGUGUCAUUGUGGAUCCCAUCAUGACAGUGUCUAGUGUUUACAUGUACUUCUAUUUGUUCAUCAAUAUCGGUGCGUUGAUCGGUCAAAUCUGUAUGGCUUAUGCCGAAAAAUAUGUCGGAUUCUACCUGGCUUACACACUUCCUACUGUUGUAUUUUUGUUAUGUCCGCUCAUCCUUUGGGUUGGACGCAAGCGGUACAUUCGCUCCCCUCCCACAGGGUCUGUCUUCGCCAGUGCCAUGCAUCUCUGGUUCUUCGCCAUGAAGGGCCGCUGGAGCUUGAAUCCCAUCAAGACGUACAAGAAUUUGACGUCCGCAGACUUUUGGGAGAAUGCUAAGCCAAGCAAACAAGCCGGCUUGAAGCCACAUUGGAUGAACUUUGAUGACCAGUGGGUGGACGAGGUCAGACGUGGGUUCAAGGCUUGUGCUGUAUUCCUUUGGUACCCGGUUUACUGGCUCUGUUACUCCCAGAUCAACAACAAUUUGACGUCGCAAGCUGCCACUAUGACCACGAAUGGAGUACCCAAUGACGUGAUAUCUAAUUUGGAUCCCUUCGCCCUCAUCAUCUUCAUUCCCAUAAGCGAGAUGCUUAUCUAUCCUGCUCUCCAGCGCGCUGGAAUCAACUUUACUGCCUUGAAGAAGAUUACGGCCGGGUUCUUUACUGCUUCCGCUGCGAUGAUUUGGGCCGUGGUCGUUCAGCAUUAUAUUUACAAGACCAACCCUUGUCACUACUCCGCAUCUACAUGUGAGGAUGUAUCUCCCCUCAGUGUCUGGAUCCAAACUGGCUCAUACGUUCUGAUCGCCUUCAGUGAAAUUCUGGCCUCGAUUACUGGCCUUGAAUAUGCUUUCACCAAAGCCCCCAAGAACAUGCGUUCUCUGGUUAUGAGUGUCUUCUUGUUCACAUCAGCCAUCGCCUCAGCUCUUGGCGAAGCCUUUGUUGCUUUGGCCGCUGAUCCUUUGCUCGUGUGGAACUACGGUGUCUUUGCUGUCAUGGCCGGCACAGCUGGUCUUCUCUUCUGGUACAGUAUCCGGAAACUGGACAGCGAAGAAGAUGCACUCAACAACAUGGAUGAAGGCCACAUCACUCUCUUGAGCGAGGGUCACUUUACCAAUGAAAAACCCUAGAUAUUAUUAUUUUCUAGAUGUUGCUGUAUUCUAACAGGGCAUUAUCAUGGGUUGUUACGUUGCAGAAUUUCUUAUCUUACGUUAAAGUAUAUGUUGGAUGAAUGUUUUACGAUCAUUGUAUUACUUUGUUUUUGCACCCUUGUGAAUGCGGAGAUUUGGCGACAUUAUGUUGGCAUGGCUCCGCAUGUUCGCUCUGGGAAUGAAAACCA